CCAGGUGUUGGACGCUUUGUCCGGCCCUAGUCGGGAGCGCGUGGGAGGUCCCGGGGCUGCGGUGGUGUCUGGCGGCGAACGUUGGUGGCGGGAGCGAGCGCGCGCGGGCUCGGGCGGUCCGUGGGGCAGCUGGCUAUGCUGACCGGGAAGAAGGCGGCCGCAGCGGCGGCGGCGGCAGCGGCGGCGGCGGCGGCUGCUGCGGCGGCGGCAGCGGCGGCGGCGGCGGCCUCGGGGGCUGAGGCGGGACCGGGAGCCGCGGGCGGCGCGGAGAACGGCGCCGAGGCGGCGGCGGCGGCCGUGGCGGCUGCUGCCGUGACCGCUGCACCUCCUGCCGCCGGCCUGGCGGGCUCCGCCGAGGCGGGGCCUGGACCUGGGGCCGGAGCUGGUACUGGGCCAGGGCCCGGUGGGGAGCGCACGCCCCGCAAGAAGGAACCGCUGAGGGCCUCGCCGCCUGGGGGUCUGGCGGAGCCGACUGGCCCCGCUGGAGCGCCUCAGCCCGGCCCCGCUGGAGCGCCGGGACCUGCCGGGACGCCCAUGGAGACGGGAAUCUCUGAGACCCCGGAAGGCCGCCGGACCAGCCGGCGCAAACGGGCCAAGGUAGAGUACAGAGAAAUGGAUGAGAGCUUGGCCAACCUCUCUGAAGAUGAGUACUAUUCUGAAGAGGAAAGAAAUGCCAAAGCAGAAAAGGAGAAGAAGCUUCCUCCUCCUCCUCCUCAAGCCCCUCCAGAGGAGGAGAAUGAAAGUGAACCUGAAGAGCCAUCUGGGCAAGCAGGAGGACUUCAAGACGACAAUUCUGGAGGGUAUGGAGACGGCCAAGCAUCAGGUGUGGAGGGUGCAGCUUUCCAGAGCAGACUCCCUCAUGAUCGGAUGACAUCACAAGAAGCUGCCUGUUUCCCUGAUAUUAUUAGUGGGCCACAGCAAACCCAGAAGGUUUUUCUUUUCAUCAGGAACCGCACAUUGCAGUUGUGGUUGGACAAUCCAAAAAUUCAAUUGACGUUUGAGGCAACUCUGCAGCAGUUGGAAGCACCUUAUAACAGUGAUACUGUUCUUGUUCACAGAGUUCACAGUUACUUAGAACGUCAUGGUCUUAUCAACUUUGGCAUCUAUAAGAGAAUAAAGCCCCUACCAGCUAAAAAAACAGGAAAAGUCAUCAUUAUUGGUUCAGGAGUUUCAGGCUUGGCAGCGGCUCGACAGUUACAGAGUUUUGGAAUGGAUGUUACCCUUCUGGAAGCCCGGGAUCGUGUGGGUGGAAGAGUAGCUACCUUUCGCAAAGGAAAUUAUGUAGCUGACCUCGGCGCCAUGGUGGUAACAGGUCUUGGAGGGAAUCCAAUGGCUGUGGUCAGCAAACAAGUAAAUAUGGAACUGGCCAAGAUCAAGCAAAAAUGCCCACUUUAUGAAGCCAAUGGACAAGCUGUUCCAAAAGAAAAAGAUGAAAUGGUGGAACAAGAGUUUAAUCGACUUUUGGAAGCCACAUCCUACCUCAGUCAUCAGUUAGACUUCAAUGUUCUCAACAAUAAGCCUGUCUCUCUUGGUCAAGCCCUGGAGGUUGUGAUACAGUUACAGGAAAAGCAUGUGAAAGAUGAACAGAUUGAGCAUUGGAAGAAAAUUGUGAAAACUCAGGAGGAAUUGAAGGAACUUCUUAAUAAGAUGGUGAAUUUGAAAGAGAAGAUCAAAGAACUCCACCAGCAAUAUAAAGAAGCAUCUGAAGUAAAGCCACCUCGAGAUAUUACAGCAGAAUUUCUUGUAAAAAGUAAACACCGGGAUCUCACAGCCCUUUGCAAAGAAUAUGAUGAAUUGGCAGAAACACAAGUAAAACUAGAAGAGAAGCUACAAGAGCUAGAAGCCAAUCCCCCAAGUGAUGUAUAUUUAUCCUCAAGAGACAGGCAGAUCCUUGAUUGGCAUUUUGCAAAUCUAGAAUUUGCUAAUGCCACACCUCUGUCAACUCUUUCUCUUAAACAUUGGGACCAGGAUGAUGAUUUUGAGUUUACUGGAAGUCACUUGACAGUGAGGAAUGGCUACUCCUGUGUACCAGUGGCCCUGGCUGAAGGGCUGGACAUUAAAUUGAAUACAGCAGUUCGACAAGUACGCUACACAGCUUCUGGAUGUGAAGUGAUUGCUGUGAAUACUCGCUCUACCAGCCAGACCUUCAUUUAUAAAUGUGAUGCUGUUCUCUGUACUCUUCCCCUGGGUGUACUGAAACAGCAGCCACCAGCCGUACAAUUUGUGCCACCUCUUCCUGAGUGGAAAACUUCUGCGGUGCAAAGAAUGGGAUUUGGCAACCUUAACAAGGUGGUUUUGUGUUUUGACCGAGUGUUCUGGGACCCAAGUGUCAAUUUGUUUGGUCAUGUCGGCAGCACUACUGCUAGCAGGGGAGAACUUUUCCUUUUCUGGAACCUCUAUAAAGCUCCGAUUCUCUUGGCUCUUGUGGCAGGAGAAGCAGCUGGCAUCAUGGAAAACAUCAGUGAUGAUGUGAUAGUUGGACGCUGUCUGGCCAUCCUCAAAGGCAUCUUUGGAAGUAGUGCCGUACCUCAGCCUAAAGAGACAGUGGUGUCACGAUGGCGUGCUGAUCCCUGGGCCCGGGGGUCCUACUCCUAUGUAGCAGCUGGAUCAUCUGGCAAUGACUAUGACCUGAUGGCUCAGCCAAUUACUCCAGGGCCUGCUAUUCCAGGUGCCCCUCAGCCUAUCCCUCGACUGUUCUUUGCAGGUGAACACACAAUCCGCAACUAUCCGGCAACGGUCCAUGGCGCUCUCCUGAGUGGGCUGAGAGAAGCCGGGCGGAUUGCAGACCAGUUUCUAGGUGCUAUGUACACGCUUCCUCGCCAGGCAACCCCCGGGGUCCCCGCCCCGCAGCCCCCUAGCAUGUGAGGCUGGCCUGAAGAGGUUUCUCAUUAGACGUGACGUGCAUUUGCAAACUCUCCUAGCAAUAGUAGAUUUCACCAGGAAAUCCGUCCUGGACUCUCAGUCCCUGGGAGGAGGAGCGACGUCUUGGGCUCACUUGAUUCCAGGAGACCCUUCCAGAGGACUCGUUAGUUGGAUAUAAGGAGCACACGAUGAUAGACUUCCUUAUUCGUUCAGAAAUCUGUUUUCCCUAAAGUUAGGAAUCUCAGAAGCAGCAGCUAAAGGACUGACUGGCUCUUUGGUGUGGCUUGGGGAUUUUUUGGUUUAUUAUUUUUUAGAAUAAAAGUUCAUAUGAAAAGCCA